AGCAUUUCUGUGCCUCCGUUUUGACUUCCCAUAAACAUCUUUUUCUUUCUCUAACAAGCCAUCUUUCCUUUGUGCUCCGGCACUUUCUCGUGGUGGAUUCGGAUCACAUCAGCCCUUUUUUUCUUUGGUUUUCGCCUCUCAAAGCAAAGUGGCCUUUCUUUGUUUCCCUUUUCCCACUCCAAUUCUACUGAUAGACCCUUUAAGACAGAAGGCGAGAAAACAAAGAAAACGGAAACAGCAAACUGUACGGCAUGUGUUUGAAUCCGUUUCGCGUUUGAUUUUCGUUACGCCUCAAAUCACGCACUUAACUCUCUCUCUCUCUCUAAAACGAAAAAAAACGAAGAAAAAACAUACCAUAGAUUACGCUCUUCAGCUAACGAUACGGUUUGCUGUUCCUAUUAGUAUUCGUUCGCUUAUACCUCUAUUUUCAGGCAAUUUCAAAGAACAAGAACGAAAACGAUAACUCGUUGACGCUGUAUCAACGAUUUUUAUUCUAUUUUAUUCCUACCUCUUUAAAAAACAAAGUUGAAGGAAAUCGUCUUGUUUCUCCAAAAAAGUUUAUUUGUCGUACGUAACACACAUACCAAGUCCGGCUUACACACACAUACUCACGCAGAGAGACACGAUGAAGACCACCACCGCGCUCGCUGUGGGGGAUAUUGUAGUGCCUCUUCCUCAAAGCUUCUCCGUGCGCGACGACACACUCAUUUUGCCUGAUGGAGUCACCGUCCGCCACGGCCUGGAUUUCAACGCCACCAUCAUCAGCCGCUUCCUCGUCGCGAUGAAGCCGUGCGGCGCGGAUGCGGAGAUCGUCGUGAAUUUCAACCUCUGCUUCUACGACCUGAUGAAGGCGGUGACCACCCCAGACUCGGCAGACUCGGCGGACGCGUCGAUGGCUGGCGUUACGAUUGAGCACCCCGUCGUCGCCGGCUUCCGCUACCUGGACGAGGAGACGAAGCAAGAGCUGUACCGGUUUGCGGAUGAGCACGUUCGCCAGCAGGCCAUUGCGCACGGCUUUUUGCCCCGCGGCAGCAACGAGGGCGGCGGCCUCGAUGUGGUGGAUCUGAAGGGCGAGCCCACCGUCAUCAGCAGCAAGGAGCACGAGGAGGGCGGUGUGGUCUUCGAGGCCACCGGUGUGCCGCUACCUUUUCCAAUUCGCAGCACGGUGGAGCUGCCGGGUGAUCGCCACCUGCGCCUGACGGGCGGCUCGGAGUUCCUCAUGCACUCCUGUCUACCAAACCUGCGUCUUGAGAUCGACGGCACGCGGAUUCGCGGCGUUGCGCUGCGCACGAUCGAGACCGGCGAGAAACUCACGUACAACUACCUGACGACGGAGUGGGAGAUCAGCAAGGUCUUCCACUGCUCGUGCAACGUGUACUGCUGCUACGGGCUCAUCAAGGGAUUCCGCUUCCUGGACCGCGAGCAGCAGGAGCAUCUGCUGCCCGACUGCAGCCCCGCCGUAAAGGAGAAGUACCGCUCGCCGCUGCUGACCAGUGCCACACUCGGGGCCUUGGCCGGCUGCACGGCGCUCUACACCACCGCGGAGGGUCGUCUGACCGCGCAGCGCGAGAUUGAGGCCGGCGUUGUCCUCUUCAAAGCGUGCGGGGCGCCACAGCUGGAGAAGAACGAACUGGUGCUGGAGCGGCUGCGUCUGUCGCACUCAUGCGACGCGAACACCGUCUUGGUGAACGGUCGCAUAGUGACCUCGCGCCCCCUCGCCGCCGGCGACGCCGUCACGUGCAAUCUGAACCUUCUCUACUACUCCAUCACACCUGCGCAGCCCUGUUCGUGCGGCGCCGGCGGCUGCUCGGGCCACGUCCACGGCUUCAAAGGACUGCCUGCGGAGACGAAGGCGCGGUGGUGGAGCGUGGCCGCUGACGCGGUACGCGCCGCGGCGCUGGACGACCGCUACGAGAUCGUCUCCUCGAGCGCGUUUGCGGCGGUGCGUCGCACGCCGGCGCUCGGCAACGCCACAUUCGCCCCGCGCAACAUCGCCGCCGGCACCCGCAUCUUCCACGUGCACGGUCUCGUCUUGCCCUUCCCGACGGUGUACACGAUUUACCUCGGCGAGGGGAAGCACCUCCUGUUCGCGGACGGUGCGCAGUGUCUGGCCCACAGUUGUGCGCCGAACACUCGCAUCGUCGUCGACCCAGAUACGGGCUGUGUGGACUGCUUCGCCUUGUGCGACAUCGCCGCCGACGCGCUCGUCUCCUUCAACUACCUCACGACGGAGUGGGACAUGAGUGAACCCUUCACGUGCGCGUGCGGCAGCGCAGACUGCUACGGCCGCAUCGCCGGCUUCCGUCACCUGAACCGCGAGACGCAGCUGCGGCUGUGGUCGACGGCCACGCAGGCCGUGCGCUCCUUGUUCGCCCAGAGCAUCCGGCAGACGACGAGCACGCUGGCGACGCUGAACAGCGCGUUGGUGGCGCCGGGUGGCUACAACGGUGGCCUGUGCCUCUGCGAGGACUCCUUCUCUGGGACGGUGCUAUUUGAGACGGCUGCCAGUGUCACCUUCCAGGGCGGCCGCGUGUGCUUCGGCGACGUUCUCAUCCCCCACUCCUGCAACCCGUCGGCGGUGUUCUUGGAGGGCCGCGUCGUGCUGAGCGAGGCGUGCACCGCCGGCACCCCCAUUACCCUCAACAUGAACCAGCUGCGUUACCGCCUGGCGGCACCGUUCACGUGCGUCUGCGGCGGGGCGGACUGCUGCCACACGGUGGCCGGCUUCCACGCGCUGUCCGACGCGGACAAGGCCCGCGUGUUGCUGUGCACCGCGCCGGAGGUGCGCGCGGCGGCAACGGCCGAUGGCUUCCAAAUUCCGUGCCCCCAUCCACUGGUGGAGGUGCGAGCGAAUGGGGCGAUGGGGCAGGCGACGUUUGCGGCGCGCACCAUUCCGAAAGGGACGCGCUUCCUCAGGGUCAGCGGACUCGUUUUGCCCUUCCCCACCGUGUACACGAUUCAGCUGGACCGCAACCGCCACCUGCAGUUCGCGGACGGGGCCCAGUGCCUGGCGCACAGCUGCGUGCCGAACGUGCGCAUUAUGAUCGACGCGGAGAGUCGCUCCCUCGACUGCCUCGCCCUGCGCGACAUCCACGAAGGGGAGGUGAUCGCCUUCAACUACCUCACGACGGAGUGGAACAUGAGCACGCCGUUCUGCUGCCUCUGCGGGGAUGAGAAGUCCUGCUACCGUCGCAUCCACGGCUUGAAGUACCAACCGGAGGAGGAGCGGCAGCGGCUUUGGUGGAUGCUGACCCCGGCGAUGCGUCAACUGGCGCAGCUAAACGACAACUGGAAGGCCCUUGCGGGGGCGGAGCUGACCACCAACGAGGAGGGCCGUGUGCUGGCGGCGAAGGAGUUGAAGGAGGGGCACCCGGUUCUUCACGCGACGCAGGUGCGACUGCGAGCGGGUGGCGCGUUGGUGGACGGCGUUCUACUGCCCCACAGCUGUGUGCCAACGGCUGCGGUGAUUGAGCGGCGCGUCGUACUGCUCGAGACGGUGUGCGCCAGCACGGAAAUCACACUCGAUCUUACCUGCCUCGCCUAUGCGCUGGAGACGCCCUUCACCUGCGCCUGCCCGGCGUUUCCUUCGCCGCAUGAAGUGCGCGGCUUCGGUGGGCGCAGCGCCGCCGCGCAGGCGGAUCGCCUUAUUUUUGCCGAGGCGGCCGUACGCAUGGCGGCCUUGCGAGACGGCUACCGAGUCCCCUGCAGCUGUCCGCUGGUGACGGUGCACGCCAACGGCGAGAUGGGCCAGGCCACCUUUGCGGCGAUGAACAUCGCGGCCGGCACCCGCUUCCUCCAGGUGAAGGGUCUCUGCAUCCCUUUUCCGACCGUCUACACGAUCAUGCUGGACGAGGGCCGGCACCUCCUCUUCGCGGACGGCGCGCAGUGUUUGGCGCACAGCUGCGACCCCAACGUUCGUGUGCGCGUGGAUGCGACAAAUAACAUGCUCGAGUGCCAGGCGUUGCGCGACAUUGCGGAAGGGGAGCUGAUCGCCUUCAACUACAACACGACGGAGUGGGACAUGAACACGCCGUUCCACUGCCUGUGCAAGUCGCCGAACUGCGUGUACGAGAUCCGCGGCUUCAAGCACCUGACGCGGGCCCAGCGGGGGGCUUUGCAGUGGCAGGCGACGUUCGCCAUCAAGUCGUUGGCCGCCGCCUACGCAGGGGUGCAGCUGCCGUCGUCGGUGCUGCGUGCGGCGCCCGACGGCCGGCUCGAGUCUGCCCGCGCCGCCGCGAAGGGGGAUAUUCUGCUCGAGGUGAUGUACCUGGACAUUCAGCCGAAUCAGAUCUGCGUGGGGCGGCACUACGUCGUGCCGCACGACGCGACGGACUUCAACUGCGUCCUCGUCGAGAGCCGUCUCGUCGCCUGCCGUGCCCUGGAGGCCGGCGACCCGCUGCGGGUGAACAUGAACUUCUUUGUGUACGACAUGACGGCGCUGUUCCCCCGCUCCCUCACGGACUCCUGCAAGGGGUUCAAGUACAUGGAGGAGGCGGUGAAGCAGCGAUGCCUGUACCUAUGCGAGCCGCCGGUGCGGGCGCAGGCGAUGCGCGACGGGUGGACAGUGAAGAGCACCAACCCGCUGCUGGUGGUGCGACCCAAUGGGGAGAUGGGUCAGACCGCCUACGCCACGCGGGACAUCCCGGCUGGUACGACGCUGUUCCACUGCACCGGCCUCGUCGUGCCCUUCCCUACCAUGUACACCAUCUGCGUCGGCCCGCACCGGCACCUGCUCUUUGGCGAUGCGGCGGAGUGCAUCGCGCACCACUGCGACCCGAACGUGGCGGUGCGACUCGGCGUGUCGGGAGCCGACUCCUUCGACUUUGCGACGAUUCGCGACAUCGCGGAGGGCGAGAUGGUGACCUUCAACUACGCGACGACGGAGUGGGACAUGAACACGCCGUUUGUGUGUCUCUGCGGAUCGCCGACGUGUGCGGGCACCAUGCAGGGCUUCAAGCACCUCAAGCCGACCGAUCAACAGCGUCUGUGGCCCAUCACCUCCGAUGUGAACAAGGCGCAGCUGCCGAACUUCACACGCCAUGACUAG